AUUUAAGGCUGUCGGAGGAGGGGCUUUGGAGCUGAGAGCAGAGUCUGGAGCAAUUGUCAUAGAUGAAACCAUUUCUGCGAAUGGUUUCUCUAAUAACAGUGGUAACGCCGGCGCCAUGGGUGGAACUAUUCGUUUACACGCCAAGGAGAUCCAUCUGAAAAGAAAAGCUCUGCUGACAGCUCGCGGCUCAGGUGCAGGUGGAGGUGUGGUUCAGCUCAGGAGUGAUGUUGAUGUGGAUGGAUUGUGCGAAUCCAAAUUUAACGUAACUGGCAAGACAUUUGGUCUUGUUAACAUCCUUGUUUCCACGAAAGCUACGAAUCAAGCACAGUACAUUCAGGAUGGAUAUUUGGAAAUUGACACCACUAACGCAAGGUGGAUGCACAAGUUGGCAACAAUGAACGGUUCCAUGGCAUAUUCGUACUAUGGCGAAAUCAAACCAUGGGAUUCAAACUCUGGUCAUCAAUAUAAUGUUUCCAUAUUCGAGUUCCAGACACCGAUUCUGAUCAAUGGCUCUACGAAGGUUAGCGUGUUCGGGUUACACUCAUUUCUGGUGAAAAGCAAGGAGGGCAUCUACAUAGGAGUGGACAUAAAUUUGAAAGAGUCCAUAGCAACUUUGACUAAACGAGUCGGUGGAUACUGCGUCACAAGCAGGAACAGAACAGAUGGGAAAGGCCCUGGCCGAGGACAGCCUGGCAAGAACGCAGGCGCCGGGCAUGGUGGAAAGGGUGGCUUGCUGUUUGAAGAUAACAAUAUCAUUUAUGGUAAAACAUAUGGAAUACAGCCUGAAAUACUUCUUAUUGGUGGAAGCACAGGAACGUCGAAUUGCUCGUCAAAUAAUUGUACCACUUCCGAUCCCGGUCUGGUGAUAGGUUGUGGUGGCGGAGCGAUUGAAAUUUCCUCAGAAAAGAACUUAACAAUCGAUGCUGUGAUCAGCGCCAAUGGUGAGACAAUUACACUUGAAUCAAUGGCUAGUAUGGGUGGAAGCAGCGGGGGAACAAUUAUUCUUAGAUCUGAAAAGCAUGUGAUCCUCGGUGACAAUGCGAGGCUAGAAGCCACGGGAGCAAAUGCUCAUGCAAAAGGUGGUGACAAUUCUAUCCGCCGUGGGGGAGGUGGAGGAGGGGUAAUUGCAAUCAUCAGCAAAGGCAGACCAGUUGGAACUGAAAUACUAUCUCCGAAUGAAAACACUGCGGGGGGAAAUGGUUCCAUUAGUGGAGAUAACGGCCUAGUGGUUAUCAACGGCUUCAAGAAGUACGGAUAUCCAGCGAAAGUUAUUGAGGUCAACGAAAGCUACGAAGGAUGUGUGAAUGGUAGCAAUAUAUCCAAUCCCCAAACAGUGACUAUGAAAGCCCAUGAAGCUUCACCAUCAAAAUGCAUCGAGAUUUGCCGUGAAAGAAAAUCCCAAUGGGCUUACGUAAGGGAGAGAAGCUGCAAAUGCUCGAACUCCAGCCAAACCUCGUCUAAGCUUAUUGAAAAGUGUAAUAAAAGAUGUUGGUCAAAUUCUUCACUUGUCUGUGGUGGCGAUGGGGAUGACGCCUUCAGUGCAUACAAGACAGGCUACGUCGCUGAAUUUUCAUAUACUAUAAUAUCCACUGCAACUUUAGCAGUUUUUACCACAUCAUCCGUGGUCAAUGCCAUUUCACCAAGUAAGACUGUAGAGGUAACGACGACGCCAACGACGCCAACUCAUGCCACCACAUCAUUAGUGGUCAAUGCCAUUUCACCAAGUAAGACUAUAGAGGUAACAACGACGCCAACGACGCCAACGACGCCAACUCAUGCCACCGCAUCAUUAGUGGUCAAUGCCAUUUCACCAAGUAAGACUGUAGAGGUAACAACGACGCCAACGACGCCAACGACGCCAACGACGCCAACUCAUGCCACCGAUGAAGCGAAGACUACCGAAGAAACGAAGCCUACCGAUGAACCUACGACCACGCCCCCAGACGAACCAUCGGGAAAGUUCAAAGACAUUGCAAAUGUCACAAUCACAGACGAAAACGUCGUUGAAGUUGUAAACCAGCUCAAAAACCUCACCAAAGAGGGAGACAUGAAUGGUGGAGACACGAAAGUCGCCCUGGGAAUCCUGCAGAAAAUCACCAGCAACAACAGUUUACUUCCCGCAAACAAAUCUGGGCGGCAGAAAAUAGGACAGAGCAUUCUUCAUGUUGCCAGCUCACUCUUGUCAGGGGAAAACGCUGCCAAUUGGGGCGUACCAACAGAUAACGAAAAUAAGACGGACAAGGUGACUUCUCAGACCCAAGUUUUGGAAGUUAUAGAAAAAAUUGGUCUAAAAAUUGGAGAAAAACUUGGUGAUGACGACAGCUUGGUCGUAGAAAGUGAAAAUAUAGCUAUGGGUGUAGAGACCAAGGUACCUGACGAGUCUUCCCCUGGGGUGAAAUAUCCAAGAUAUGGUGAACUCGGCCCAGAAUGGAGAGGACAGGAUCGUGUAUUUGUUAAUAGAGAACUCUUCGACAAGAUGGCGGCAGAUAACAGCUCAAGAACAACAGUUGUCUAUGCCAUUUACAAUCAAGUCAGCGAGCAUUUCCCUACGAAUACAAUCAGCAAAAAGAGCUCUGAGAGUCUAAUUGUGAACUCCCGAAUUCUGGCUCUAAAGUUUAACAAGCCACUUCCUCCUCCAUUGAAGACACCUAUUAAACUAUGGUUUGAUAAAUUGGAGAAGGGCGAAAAUGUUACGAAGCCUUCCUGUUCGUUUGUGGACUUCGAGAGUGCAAGGGGCUCGUGGUCACACAAGGGAUGUCGCGUGGUCAAGGAAAAGGACCAGAAUGUCGAGUGCGCCUGCGAUCAUCUCACAAACUUUGCAAUUUUGAUGCAAGUGAAGGAAUUUGAAAUUGAACCGGAUCACUAUAAAGCUUUGACAGUCAUUACGUACGUAGGCUGUGGAGUUUCAUUAUUUGGACUCGCGCUCACUUUGGCGACUUUCUUAUCACUUGAGACGUUAGCUUCAGAACGGACCUCAAUUCACAAGAAUCUUGUGGUAGCCAUUGGACUCGCGCAGAUAAUUUUCCUGGCCGGCAUAGAUGCCACAUACAACCCCAUUGCGUGUAAAGCCGUUGCUUUGUUCUUGCACUAUUUAUACACAGCGGCUUUCACGUGGAUGUUAUGCGAAGGAGUUCAUCUGUACAGCAAAGUGGUAGAAGUAUUCAGCGAAGGAUCUAAGAUGAAAUACUACUACGCCUUAGGCUGGGGUCUACCGUUGACCAUUGUGUUCAUUUCCGCCUGUUCUCGCUGGGGAGGAUAUGGGAACGAGCGAGCCUGCUGGAUUUCAAUCACUGACGGGCUUAUUUGGGCUUUUGUUGCUCCAGUUCUUAUCGUGAUGACGAUCAACUUUGUGGUUAUGAUAAUGGUAAUCAGAGUGAUCAUCGCAUCUGUAACGUCACUACAGAAUCCUGGCAAUGCUUCCCAAGUCAGGGCUGGCGUCAAAGGCAUGAUUGUUUUACUGCCUCUGCUCGGUCUGACGUGGGUCUUUGGACUUUUGGCCAUCAAUAAGGACACUAUUGCUUUCCAGUAUUUAUUUGCCAUCCUCAAUUCACUUCAGGGACUUUUCAUUUUUGCUUUCCACUGUAUCGGAAACACCGAGGUACGAGUUGCAUACAAAAGACUCCAUGAGAAAAGGACUUUGGCAAAGAGCCUUCCUGAACACUCUCUGUCUUCAACACACCACAUGUCAAGCCGGCCGGCAAAGAAACGAAUGGACUCUCACGAGACGAACUUCACCGGGGAUGAUGACAUCAUUGUUACUAAGACUAUCCGGAGCGUGUCGGAUGUGAAGAUUUCUGGGGACAACUUGGCCUUGCAAACGUUCGGUGACACUGAUUCUGGCCGCUGGUCGUUAAACUGUCCGUCUCCUGACCCAUUCGUGGACCUGGAUCACAUCAAACGAGCGUGAGAUCAUCCUCUACACAGUCCAGCUCUCAUACAGAAUUUUCAGAGCAACUAAGGCCGUUAACCAAAGAAGGCAGAAAACGCAAGAAAAGCUCCAGCCAUAGAAAAACAUUCUUUCAAAACUUUAGACCAAAAGUGUUAGGUUCCUGUAGCAUUGUAUAAGGACUUUAUUCUUUUAACCUGUGCGCGUCAUACGCCUUGUAGCCUUCGAGUUGGAAGGCGUAUGAUAAUUUUCCCUGCGAACGUGGAGCAGGCUCCUUGCAGCAUCUCUAAUUGUGCGAUCGUAGUCGAAGUUACUCGUAGGCUGUUUAAAGUCGUUGAGAAGAUUGUUUUGUUAACACUACCACGUAUUGUCUUCAAGUGAGUGAUCUGCUUCAUUAAGGCUUCGUUUGAGGCGCAUUUAACAAAUGUAAAUAGUGAAAACAUGAGUAGGGAGUGGUGUGCGUGUUGGGCCGGUGGAGAGCAGCUGAGGAGAAGGCUAGUAUGAAUCAUUCGCAAGAAGUUAUAAUCUCUUGUCAUCUGAUAGAUGCAGUGUUCUACAAUCUGAAGUUGACAUGAGAUCAGUGUAUAUGGAGAGAUGUAUACACUGGACCCUUUAACCCCUAACAGUGAUUGGCUUUUAGUUUCUCUUUACUGUAUCACUCUUGAAUCAAAUAUUAAGGUCAUUAGAAUAAAGGAAAUGAUAACCAA